UCUCUCUGUCAAAGACAGCAGUAAAUGCAAUACGGAGUAAUGCAGGAUAAGUAUACAAAUGUAAAAAAUAUUUAGAUUUUACUCAUUAUUAGAAUUCAAGUUCGCGCCAGCCUAUGGGCAAAAGUUCUAAUGCAGUCUUUCCCCUAGAGUUUUCUGCACUUUUCAUCACCUGAUGACAUUCUAUAGAAAGAAAUACUUAUCCAAAUGUUUCAUAAGGAUGUCAUUUCAUUCUGCUUUGCUUAUUCCUCUAGGUGCAGUGCCUGGACAGAAUGUCCGAACCACAAGAUAAAGUUGACGUAGGUAGCUUGAAAGACACAUUCCUGGAGUGUCCAGUGUGUGUGGAACAUUUCAACCAGACAGACCGACGUCCUCGUCUCCUACACUCCUGCCUCCAUGCCUUCUGUACACAGUGUCUACAGCAGCUUCUAAAAAAGGAGGGAAGAGGCAAAAUCACAUGUCCUCUUUGUCGUAAGGUUGCAAAAGUUACCGGAAAUGCUGAUACACUAGAAGUGGAUAGUCUCAGAGACAAACUGGUGGAGUUCCUGCAAAUCAAGCAAGAUAAGAAGGUCCUCUGCAGUGAGUGUCUAGAGAAGACAGCGGCAGUGUCACGAUGUGAAGAGUGUCAGAGCUAUCUGUGUAAGGAAUGUGACUUUGUUCACAGACGUCACCGGGUUAGCAGAGACCACUCGAUACUUUCUUUAAAUGAUGUUCUGAAUCAACCAAUACAAAGUUUUGGAAAAGGUCAUUUUUGCCCCAACCAUCCCAAACAUCAUCUCGAGUUCUACUGUGCAACAGAGGAGAAACUAUGUUGUGUUUCCUGUACAGUGUUAGACCACAGGGAUCAUGAGCUACAAAAACUAGAGGAAGCUGCCGCAACAAGGAAAGAAGAAUUAGACACAAAGAUUAAGCAGGUUCAUGCUCAUGCAAAUCGUCUGAGAGAGGAAAGGAAAGAUGGAACUCAAGAGCUAAAGUUUAUUGAAGAAGCUAAGGCAAGAUCUAUUUUGGAUAUCAACAGAAUAUUUGAUGACCUGCAACAGAGGUUGGACAAUCGUAAACGUAAACUGAUUGAAAAUGUCCAGCGAAACAGUAGCAGUCUGUCUUCGGUUAUCAACAAGACGAUGGCAUCUCAUGAACAAACUCUGGCUAUGAUUGAGUCUACAGACACAUAUUUUGCACAAGCUAAGCAGAAAGCUGAUGCUGUGGAGAUGUUGGAAAUAUAUCCAUCAAUCAAGAGAAGCAUUGAUAGUUUAUCAGUACCACGUCAGAGUUCCAGAACAAGCAAUGAAGAUCCAUACAACCUACAGUUCAAGCCAACGAAGUCUGAAGAUAUACACUGUUUGAUAGGAGAAUUUGGAACAUUUACUAAACUGCCCAAAAGAAUCUUCACAGAAGAUCAAGCACCAACGCAUCUGGACAGCCAAACGCCGUUGCAAGAGAUCUUUGAGGGUGCCACGCCUACAGAAGCAGCUGCAGAUGUGCGUCCAGUAUAUUCCACAACAAGCGAACUUACGUUACAGACAGCCGUGGACAUGGCUGGGCACAUCCAGCUGCCUGCACACUGGAGUCCAAUGACUGAGGAACAGUUUGUGAGCGAAGUACAGCUUAAACCUGAAGAUAAAGAAUACAAGUUGGUUGCUAGACAGUUCAAUACAGGCGUGAAGAAUCGAUAUACCAUUGUCGAGAUCAAGAGAAUCCAGAACCGCACACUGUAUACCCAGUAUGUGAUGCUCCUGCACCAGAUGGCAACACAGAACCCGGGUAUGGAUGUUGAGAGACACCUAUGGCACGGAACAAAUGAAGAUGCUGUGACCAGUAUCAAUAUCCAUGGUUUCAGUCGCAGCUAUGUAAAAGUCCAUCUCUAUGGAAAGGGGACAUAUUUUGCUGUCAGUCCCAGCUACACCACCUCCAGUUCCUGUCUUCCAAAUGAAGAUGGUAUCAAGCACCUCUAUUACGCAUCCGUCCUCACUGGACACUUCACUGAAGGAAAACAUGACAUGGUAGCUCCCCCGCCUAGAGGCCUCGAAGACCCAAAUGUCCUGUACAACAGUUUGGUGAACAACGUGGAUAAUCCCCGUAUGUUCGUGGUGUUCAACGACGUCCAGGCCUAUCCCAAGUACCUCAUCACUGUUCGGAAGUAAAGAAGAACAGGGAAACAGUGUGAAGAAUGUGACCAUCUAUUGUUUGAAUUUGUGUCUACUAUCAUAACCAUUACAAUCUAACCAAAUGUAUUUACUUAGCUAAUUAUCAAUACACUGCAACUCGUUCCACUUCCGUUUGGAAUGUUUUGGUUUUAGAGGUGUUUUUAACUUGACAUGCAUCAUCAAAAGUAUUGAUAAUAAAAACAUAGUUAUAACCUUUAUUUCUCACAAACCAAUGAUAUAUAUCAUCAAUGCCCCCAGAUUCGACGACACGCAAUCCCCCAUGUCACCUAGCCUGAACACCCGAUCCAUUUAACCAGUUCGAACAGCAAGCACCGGGGAUAUAUUCUCCACUGCAAUACAGUGAUUCCAGCUGUUAAUGUGCAUGUCACAGGUCCACAUAUGAUUAUGCUCUACAUAUUUGAAUAUAGUUUAUGGGAUUAUGUUAACAUGAACCAUGCUUCAUUCAGACUGUUUGACAAUUAACAUCAUCAUGAUCAGUAUACAGAUAAGUUCAUACAGUUGCGAAAUUACACAAAGAUUUUAACAACAAUGAAAUAUCCAGGAAGGCAUCUAGUUACUCGUGAAUUUUAACCAACAAUUUUCAUAUUGGUUUCGGUUGACUACAAGGACGAUGUUGAUUAGCUUAUGAAUAUUUGCUUGAAACAGAUGCGUUUUUUUUUAUGGGUUUCUUAUAACACAGUAUCAAAUCUGAAAUCUGAUUGAUUUAUUGCAUGUUGUUUUGCACUGAUCUGUAAAAUAAGUUGUGAACAAUAAGUUCCAAAUAAUUUCUUGCUAGGUUUUUUAAAUGGAUAGAAAACUUCGAAUAUGUUCUUUUACUCUUAUCCAUUUGGCGGUUUGCUUCACAUUGUGAUAAUUACCGUAAUGAUUUAAUGUCCAUAUUAACAGAUUGUACAGAUGUGUAGUUUGUUCUGCUUGUUGUAUGGUUAUGGUAUUGUCAAUUGAAUAUGGAAUACACACAUAUUCUGGUAGCAAGAGGACAUACUUACUCACUAACUGCUUCUGAAGUUUGACCUACUCAAUACUGCUAUGAAGAAAGCGUCUUUGAAAGAAGAUUAAACCAGAUCAUCUUCUUAUGACGAAAAAGCAAAGGUAUAUCCCGCUCCUCAUAACUUAGAUAAUGUAAACAUAUUAGAACAAAUGAAACAAGAACCAACAAUGUUCAAGAUUGCCUGGGCAGCUUUAAAACAUAUUACAGAACCUCGAUCAUGCAUUUGGACUUUCAGCUUACCGCUUACAUGUCAUAAUAGGCUCAUAUACAUGUACCCUUUUAAGAGAUUAAAGUAUGACAAAAGUAAACAGAAAGUGAGACUAUAUUAUGUUGUUCUGAAAAUCUAGAAUUUGUUUUGAUAAUCCACUAACUGGCCAAAAGUUCCAGUUUAAUAUGGAGUAACAUUCCAACGCCGGAUGUAAAGGACAUAAAUGUCAAACUUUCUUUUUAUUAUGAGGUUUCUUCAUAAUUUAGGCUGCGGAACGCAUGUAUAUGAGUAUGUGCUUAUGGUUGGAUACAACGAUACGUUAUUGAUAGUAUAUCGAGAGAUAAAUAUAUACUGGUUUUUUUUUUAGUUUUAGAAGUACAUCAUUGGAAUUUUAUAUUUAGAUAUCUUGUGUUUGUCUUAAAGUCUUAUAGUUUAUGGCAAAUGUGGUGGAAUAAACAAUUAAUGAUAUAGUUUGUGUAUGUCCAAACACAUAUGUUUGUUUCAAAUGAUAUUCAUGUUGGCCUAGUUGAAUGUAAUAUUUAUAUAUCCUUGUUGACAUGCUUAUUUUCAACAAUCAGCUUCCAAUUUUCACAAAGACGAUAAAGUAAACCCUAACUUUAGAAGCGGGGAUAAAUUGAAGUUUUUUUGUUCACUUUAAUAUGCUCCUGGGGAAUUUAAACAUAAGAAAACAGUAGUAAACAGCAUACGUGUAUUCGAAUGUCAUUACCACAGUAAAUUACAGUCAUGGUAUUAAUAUCAACAAUUCGUCUCUUGUAAUGGAGCAAAACUGAUAGGCGAUCACAUCAACAACCUGGUGCAUGCAUAAAACAUGCAAAGCUAUCUGAUAAUGCUCUCUGUUAACAUUAUAUCUACCCCGAGAACAAAUGUGUGUUAUCGCGCUGUCCCAUUUCGAAAAUUUACCGGGGCAACUGGGAAACCAAAUCAAUGGGAGACCAAAGUUCAGACACUGUGAUGAAACAUAUAUGAAUUUCGGGGAAGGGGACUACCUGGGACAUACUUGAAAUACCUGUAACUCUUGAAAUGAAUGCGACCGACGGUCCGGUCCCUAGCCAGAAAUGCGACUCCCCCCACCCCCAACACCCAGUGGAAUUACUUACAUACUGGCAACUCUUGACCCCAGCAGUAGCAAUUCACAGAAUGACUAUAAUGUACUGUAAUGUUUGAAUGACAUUGUUAUAUAUUUGUUACAAAUGCUGCUCAAUAAACAGUGACAUGGAAUACACA